AUGGAGAACGGCGCUAUCUCCCAGGGUGAGGGGAAAGACCCUUCAAGCUUCCUCAGUGACAUUAUCGGCAAUCCUGUUACUGUCAAGCUCAACUCUGGCGUUGUUUACAAGGGUGAGUCUUCACCUCUUGCUGAGCGCCUCACAUGCGACGAUACAGCGAGUAGGAUGGAGCUAACACUUGCAGGCGAACUUCAAUCUGUGGAUGGCUACAUGAACAUUGCCCUGGAAAAGACAGCCGAGUAUGUCAAUGGACAGAAGCGUAGGGAAUACGGCGACGCCUUUGUGAGAGGAAACAAUGGUGAGUGUCGCUCUGUUAUGGGCAGAAAUCUUGCUAAUCGACUCUGA